AUGACCAAAAGCGCGUCCGAAUUUCCCCGCGUGCGGGCAUGCCUCUUCGAUAUGGAUGGAUUGCUCAUUGACUCAGAGGACAAAUACACAGAGAUCACGAAUGCAAUCCUCCAGGAGUUCGGAAAGCCGCUACUUCCUUGGGAAAUUAAGGCUCAAUUGCAGGGUCGACCACAGCCUGAGGCAAGCAAGAUUUUCCACCACUGGGCUCAACUCCCGAUCAGCCCCGAGGAAUACGCCGCGAAGCAGGCCGCCCUGCAAGCCAAGUACUUCCCCAAGUCGCAGCCACUGCCAGGCGUCAGAACUCUCCUGUCCAAGCUUCUCUCCACCCAGAAAACCGACCAGCCAGUCUACAUCGCCCUGGCAACAUCAUCGCAUAGCAAGAAUUUCAAACUGAAGACCGAUCAUCUGCAGGAUCUGUUCUCUGCGUUUCCCGAGUCUCAGCGCGUGCUAGGUGACGAUCCUCGAAUUGGUAAGGGAAGAGGAAAGCCGCUACCAGAUAUCUACCUGCUCGCUCUUGAGACGAUCAACGAGGGCUUGCGGCAACGAGGAGAACCCGAGAUCAGGCCCGAAGAGUGUCUUGUGUUUGAAGAUGCGGUUCCUGGUGUCGAGGCGGGACGCCGAGCUGGGAUGCGGGUAAUCUGGUGUCCUCACCCGGGCCUACUAGGGGCUUACAAGGGCCGAGAAGCAGAGGUACUGGCUGGGCUGACGGGUGAACAUAAGGAAGAGGAGAAGUCCGUCCCGGAGAAGGAGGCGGAGGAGUUGGUGGCGUGGAGAAUUCAAGGCGCCGGUAGACCUGGCGAGCUUGACGACGGAUGGGGUGAGUUGGUGUCGACUUUGGAAGAUUUUCCUUACGAGAAGUACGGUAUUCAUCCUGCGUAG